AUGUGGUAUUUGACGACAAUUAAGAAACUUUUGACAUCUGACAAACUAUCAGAUCUGGAACGUUUAAGUUUCGUUGAUUUGCAUAAUCAAUACCGUUCGGAAGUGAUUAGAAGAUCCUUAACUAUUGAUUUAUCGAUUGUUCAGGAGUGGAACUAUAGGCUAGAAGAAUUCGCACAGGAAAGAGCAGAGUUCUGUAAGUAUACACCAAUGGUUGAAAGCGAAAGGGUCGGUGAAAAUAUCUUUUAUUGCAUGCCGACAGCAGGCGUUAGCGGUAAAAAAUUUACAUGUAUUUUGCCAUGUGAAGCUCAUAAACUUCUCUGA